AUGACAGAGAAAAACAAAAUCUAUUAUUCUUUUCUUGCAUAUAUUUUAAAUAUUACAAACAAAAUUAAUAUAGAGUUUCAAUCCGAAAAACCGAGAGUUCAUGCACUAAUAUCAUCAAUUAAAGCUUAUUUUAAAACAAUAUUACAAAAUUUUGUAAAAGAAGAUAGUUAUGAGAUUCAUAUUGGAGCAAAAGCUUUACUAAUUUUAAAUAAAGCUUCGUUAAAUACACAAGAAGUAAACGAACUAAGAUGUUUUUGUAAAUCAUAUUACGUUGAGCUAUGCGGCCAAAUUUUACGUCGCAUUGAUUUCAAUGAUAAAAGCCUUUAUUCUUUACAUGAAAAUAUGUUUCCUAAUCUUAAACAUUUUGUUGGAAGCCUACUCUCUUUUCCUCACAGCAGUGCCACUGCUGAAAGAAAAUUUUCCGAGGUAAAUUUGAUUAAAGAUAAAAAAGAAAUGCAUUACUGCAUGCCACUGUUCACUCUAUCCUGA